AAGAAGAAGAAGAAUUAUUUAAAGAAAAAAAAAAAGAGAACCAGAGAAGCUGUUGAAGAACGUGACAGAAGACUUGUCAAGAACAAGUCCAAAAGAAGCGGAAGCCACCCGUGCUUACGUGGCUUAUAAUGUCACGAGAGAGACCAAGUCGAUGGCAACGUAAUGCGUAUUUGACCACGCUAACGCUUCUGUAGUGUGUGCGUGCCUGUUUCGCGCCGAGAAGCGCGGACCUCUCGGGAGCUUUGAACCGUGCCACAGAGGGAAACUUCAAAAUGGCCACCCCCUAUGUUACUGAUGAAUCCGGUUGCCUUCAGCGCUGUUACUGUUUGUUGGGCAGGAAAAUACAUUGCCGCCACACAGCGACCGGACGGCACGUGGAGGAAACCACGUCGGGUGAAGGAGGGCUACGUUCCCCAAGAAGAAGUUCCGGUAUAUGAAAACAAAUAUGUGAAGUUCUUCAAAAGCAAACCGGGUCUUCCACCAGGCCUGAGCGCAUGUGACGCCGAGCCCUUAAAGCAGCAGCGGCAUCACAAGAUCCCGGGUUGCGCGGACGGCGACGCCGUCGCAGCGCUCUCCAAGUCGACCAAACGCAACCUGAAACGGAAAGAAAAGCGUAAACAGCAGCAACAGCACGAACCGGAGGAGAGCGCGGCACACGUGGCGUCUCUCUCCGACGCAGUUGAGAACGUGAGCAUCUCGGCGGGCGGCGAGCCAGCAGAUGCGGCAGCGGAAAAGGCAAAGAAGAUUAAGAAUAUGCGAAAGAAGCUGCGUCAGGCGGAGGAGCUCCAGCAAAAGGUGGACUCGGGAGAAAUCAAGCAGCCUACGCAGGACCAGUUGGAAAAGUUGGCCCGGGCCAAGACUCUGCGAGACCACUUGGAGCAAGUGGAAAGCCACUCGUGAGUUUCCGUUUCAUCUCACAAUUAGCCGCCUCUACGUGGAGCCGCGUAUUCCCGUAUUAGAAGCAGGCACACAAUGAAAAGGCUCCCCACAAACAUGUCGGUCGGAAAUAAAAAUCCCAAAUGACUUCAUUGGGAUCCAAUCCCAACGGGCGUCAUGUCAAGACGUCCUCCACUGGAAUAGCCUGGACAAAAAAGCCCGACUAGCCCAAAGACCCAGACGCGGCGGCGCUGUACUGGCCACUGAAGAGUCUCAUCAAGGCGGGGCAAACCCGUGAAAACAGCCAGCGAAACGAACCGAUCGGGCAAGAGCCGAUGUGACGUCUGGAGCUUGGACUCUCUUUUGAAACAAACGCUUCCAGUGCCACUGUAAGCUGCUGGGGCUUCAAUGACUUUUUGGCUUUCUGACUUUAUUGCCGAAUGAAACAAACAAUGGUCUUUCCCGAGCCCCAUUUUAAAUGCCGUGAGGAUGGACUUUGGCCGGAGCGGGACGGUGCCUACCUACCUACCUACCCACCUACCCACCUACCGCGAAAGACGUCACAGCACCAAUUUGACUGGAUUGUUCCAUUAGAAACGCGUGCCCUCCCUCCGCACCUACUGACGCUGUCUGAGCCUAGUUCGACUGCGACGGAAUAACUUGUUUUUUUGCAUACUUUUAACCUGUUAAGACGGAGAGAAACGUAACAAAAGUAUGAUUUGAACUGUCUGCGCAAACAAAAUCUCAUUUGAACGAUGGUUUGCCGAAAUAAUAUACUAGUUCCGUUUCAAAAGGGGUACAAGAGGCCAGAAGCUUUUCCAGUACCAUCCCUUCAUACUAACGCAAAAAAGAAGACGUUAAUCAUUCUUCAAAGGAGGUGGAAAUAACGAGAAAAGAUGUAAGAACAUUUAGAAUAAAAUAAAUCAAUGAAUAACUUCAAAUAGAAA